CCCUCUUCCAAGCAUAUCUCCAGCCGCGCAUCCGCAUUGAGAGCCGAGGUCUUCGAGAUUCUCUCCUCCGUCUUGCGCUUCUUCUCCAAAUCCCUAAGGAAGAGAUGGGGCUCACGUUCACGAAGCUCUUCAGCCGACUGUUUGCUAAGAAGGAGAUGAGGAUUCUGAUGGUGGGGCUUGAUGCUGCGGGUAAGACAACGAUCCUGUAUAAACUCAAGCUCGGAGAGAUCGUCACUACCAUCCCCACAAUCGGAUUUAAUGUGGAGACAGUCGAGUACAAGAAUAUAAGCUUCACUGUUUGGGAUGUUGGUGGUCAGGAUAGGAUUAGACCUCUAUGGAGGCACUAUUUCCAGAACACACAAGGCCUUAUUUUUGUUAUAGACAGCAAUGACAGAGAUCGUGUGAUAGAGGCAAGAGAUGAGCUCCACAGGAUGCUGAAUGAGGAUGAAUUGAGGGAUGCUGUGCUGCUUGUAUUUGCAAACAAGCAGGAUCUGCCUAAUGCUAUGAAUGCUGCUGAAAUUACAGAUAAGCUUGGUCUCCAUUCUCUCCGCCAGCGCCACUGGUACAUACAAAGCACCUGUGCAACAAGUGGUGAGGGAUUGUACGAAGGGUUGGAUUGGCUCUCUAGCAACAUAGCUAGCAAGGCUUAAAAUUUCAAGGUGCUUUGGUGAAUCUGGAAAACCGUAUAGGAUGGAGGUUAUAGAUACUUUUAUAAGAUCAAAUGUGCUUGUGAUUGUGCAAGUCUUUUAUGUUUGGUUGGGUUAUUUGAAAUUUUAGGGAUUGACUUGAUUUGUUAUCUCAUGCCUGUUUUUUUGUUGAAAAAAACCGAAUUCAUUUUCGCAUUUCAUUAUUCUGUUGAAAACUGAUCAAUUUAAAAUAGUCCAUUAAAGAAGAAUAGUUAGGAAGAAUUCAGUUGGAGAAAAUUUUCCUAUUA